UUCCUCCUCACCUCACCUCCUCCUCGAGACUCACACUCAACACUUGACUCAACAACAACACUCAUUCAGAGUCACAACUCAUAUUAAGACUUUCACAACAAACAUCUCCUGAAGAUGAAGGUCACAAAACAUCUUAUAUUUAUCGCCUCGCUAGUUGCGUCAUCCUGGGCGGUCAACCUAAAUUAUUUAACUCCAACGAACGGCUUCAACGGUGGCAACGGUAAUGGUAACGGUAAUGGAGGUUAUAAUAAUGGAAUUAAUGGAAAUGGCAACGGUGUGAUUCUAAACGGCAACGGAAAUGGGUUAGUCAAUGGAAAUGGUAACGGAUACGCCAAUGGUUUAAAUGGAAAUGGUGUGAUUGUAAACGGUAAUGGAAAUGGUAAUGGAUAUGUAAAUGGCGGAAAUGGUAACGGAGUAUAUACAAACGGCAAUGGAAACGGAGUAAUCAACGGAAAUGGUAACGGAUACACCAAUGGUGGUUAUGGCAACGGUAAUGGACUUAUUGUCAACGGCAACGGUGUUGUUAACGGAAACGGAUAUGCCAAUGGAAAUGGUAAUGGUUUUGUCAACGGCAACGGUGGUGUUAACGGGAACGGAUAUACCAAUGGAAAUGGUAAUGGUUUAGUCAACGGCAAUGGUGCUGUUAAUGGGAACGGAUAUGCCAAUGGAAAUGGUAAUGGUUUAGUCAACGGCAACGGCGCUGUUAACGGGAACGGAUACUACAACGGCAUCGUGGGCCCCAUCAGCGCCCUUGCAGAUGCUAUUGGAGGUGGUGGCGUCCCCGGCGUGGACUAUCCCAUCCUGGCUUCUGUCCCCUUCACUGGAUUCUCCUGCGGCGGACUAAUACCCGGAUACUACGCUGAUACUGCCCUCGAGGCCGGCUGUCAGGUGUUUCACAUCUGUCAGGCAGAUGGCAGGAGCGACUCCUUCCUGUGUCCCAACGGCACCAUCUUCAACCAACAGUUCUUCGUGUGUGACUGGUGGUACAACUUUGACUGUUCCACCGCCCCGCAGUUCUACAGUCUCAACGCUCAGAUCGGAGUGGUCAACGGUAAUGGCAACGGAUACUCCAACGGCAUCGUCAAUGGCAUUAUUAACGGUAACGGGAUUUACGGUAACGGAGCAAAUGGCAAUGGUGCAGUAAACGGAAAUGGUGUCGUCAACGGUAAUGGAAACGGAUACGCUAAUGGCAAUGGUUAUGCUAAUGGCAACGGUAAUGGCAAUGGAUACGUCAAUGGUGGCGUAAAUGGAAAUGGACUCAUCAAUGGCAAUGGCAACGGUUAUGCUAAUGGCAACGGUAAUGGUAACGGAUACGUCAAUGGUGCAGUAAAUGGAAAUGGUGUCGUCAAUGGUAAUGGAAACGGAUAUGCUAAUGGCAAUGGUUAUGCUAAUGGCAACGGUAAUGGCAAUGGCUACGUCAAUGGUGCAGUAAAUGGAAAUGGACUCAUCAAUGGCAAUGGCAACGGUUAUGCUAAUGGCAACGGUAAUGGUAAUGGAUACGUCAAUGGUGCAGUAAAUGGAAAAUGGACCCAUCACGGUAAUGGCAACGGUUAUAAUGGAAAUGGUGUCGUCAAUGGUAAUGGAAACGGACACGCUAAUGGCAACGGUUAUGCUAAUGGAAACGGCAAUGGCAAUGGAUAUGCCAACGGUGCAGUAAAUGGAAAUGGUCUCAUCAACGGCAAUGGCAACAGUUAUGGAAAUGGCAACGGUAAUGGAAUUAAUGGCAACGUAAAUGGAAAUGGUCUUAUCAACGGUAAUGGUAAUGGUCUUAUCAACGGCAACGGUAAUGGAUACACUAACGGUAACGGAAUCAACGGAAAUGGAAACGGAUACACCAACGGUAAUGGAAACGGUAACGGAUACGCCAAUGGCAACGGUAAUGGUAUUAUCAAUGGGAACGGUAAUGGACUUUUCAAUGGCAACGGUAAUGGUCUCAUCAACGGCAACGGUAAUGGAUACACCAACGGCAACGGAGUCAACGGGAACGGGUUGAGCAUACCGGCGCCAGCCUCUCCCUCCGGCCUGUACCAGACGCCCGCCUUCUAAGUGUUGCCUCCCACAUCUGUCUCAACUCUUACAAACUUUUUGUUAUCAUACACCGAAGCUGCAGUUAGAGGACAUUUGUCUGUGUCUUUCACUCCUUCCAGGAAUUAAUAUAUGUGAGAGAUGUCAGCUUUACCUUCCUUAAGAGGCAGCUAAAACGACUAAGCUAACCAGCUGAGCCUGACAUGGCAGGGUCAGGACCAUAGUAUGCUGUACCUAGUAACUAUAUACUGUACAUGCUUGCUCUAGUUCUCACUCUUUUAUCUACAACUUAAUACACUUAUGUACUUAUAUAAAGUUAUUAUACAUUUACAACUUAUGUUGCACCUGUGAACAUGAGCGUCUUUUUCUAAAUUAUUAAUUGCGGUGUUCCAAAAAAUAAUCCAGGAAAUCUUGUAUAAAUCUUUGUGAUUCAGUUAACAGUAUUUUUUCUGUAUAAUAAAUAACUCGGCCGUGGUUUCAAGUUAAUUAAAUUACUUCAUUAUCUGCUGUAUGUUCUAAAGUAUUGUUAUAUUGAGGUGUGGUCAGGGAGCUUAAAAUGUUUUCCAAAAAUUAACUUGUUACUUGUUAAGAGUUCAACUAAAUCUUUACUCGAGAUUAAUCAAUAUUUUGUUUAUUAUUUAUAAUUACAAAGUGUAGUUGACAACCUUUAUUUGUUGCUUCAAGAUGCUUAUUAUAUUUUCUUAUGACAAAUAUAAUCUAAAAAAAUAAUAAAUAAUAUUAUUA